UCUCUCACUUAAAUAACUCUUUCAUAAAUUCUCUCAUAAAUUCUUUCUCGUAAGUAUUCUUUUAAAGACGUAAAUUAAUAAAUCUCUUUACUCUAUAAAAAGCUACUAUGAGCGAUGAUGUGGGAUAUGAGCUAGAACUUUUUAUAAAGCAAUCUAUGUAGACGUGAAGGAGUACUUUGUAGUGUUGAUCUAACAGUCUAAAGCUGGUACAUAGCAAAUAGCCUCAACAGUCUUCAAAAGAUGGAAAAGGUCUUGGCGACUGUAUUCAUUGUCAUCGCUUUAUGAUGGUUUUGGCUUUAAAAGGAGUUACUGCUAAUGUCACUACCAUUGAUUUGCGUCGAAAACCAGAAUUUUUUGUUAAGUAUUAUGCAGGAGUCAAAUUACCAUGCUUAGUUCAUAAUGGUAAAGUUAUUGAUGAUAUUAUUGAGAUAGAAUCACAUAUUGAAAAACAUUUUCCUGAUCCUCCACUUGUAUUACUUGAUGACCAUGGUGCAUCAAAAGCAGGAGAAAAAAUUUUCCAAAAAUUUUCUGCUUUAAUAAGAAAUCGAGAUCCUGCAGGAGAAGAAAGGUUGCGUGAUUCAUUAAAUGAAGAAUUACAGAAGUUAGAUGCUUUUCUAGCUUCCUCAAAAAAAAUUCCGGGUCCAUAUUUGGCCGGAAAUGAAAUGACAAUGUCAGAUUGUGUUCUACUACCUAAGUUGCAUCAAAUGCAAAUAACAUUAAAGUUCUUUAAUGAUUUUAGUAUUCCAAAGAAUCUGGUCUACUUGCAAAAUUACUUAAAAGUGGCAAAUGAAAAUGAAGUUUUUGUAAAAACUUGUUGUGAAACCUCAGAAAUACUUGAAGGUUGGAGUGCACAUGUUGGGGAUCCUAAAAAAGUACAAAAGCUUCGAUCUAUUAAGCAUUAAUGUUAAACCAUUUAAAUGUUCCUUAUUAUCUUCAGUCGUAAGGUAAAAAAUAUCAUUUAUGUAUAAAUGAUUUAAAAUAAGAUUCAUAAUGCACAAGCUAAAGGUCACAGGAUGCACGAGCCAUAAGACACGAAUUAAGCAAGUUUACAUGAGACACAUGUGACACAAAUUAAGCAAACUAGUUAGUAAAAAAAUUGUGUUUGUACUAAGCUCUGUUUCAAUUUAUUAUUAACUUUUAUUAUUUAGCGCGACAAAUAUAUACAUAUAAAGUGUUAAUAUUAUUAUCCAUUUUAUUAGGAUUUUACUUGAGUUUUUUAUUUUUUAGUUCUUAUUUUAUCAUAAGAAAAGCAGAGGUAUACUAUUAUUGAUAGAAUUUCGUUAUGGAAUUCUCCAUAUAAUAUAGUUAAAUAGAGUCUAUUUGAAAAAGUCUAAUAUAAGUAAAGUUUAUGUGUUUUUAAUUAUUGUUCUAUGUUUAACUGUGAAAUGUAUUUUGAAAUUAUAACAUUGAAACUUUUGUCUAUUAAAAAAGAAAAUAUUAA